UCUGCUUUACUCAUUGGAGUUCCAUGUUGCCAUUCUCUACCCGUCUGCAAUCUACUGAACGCCUCUUCUCUGCUCGGCUUUAACAGGAAUGAAUACCACGGCCGAAAAGAAGUGUCGGCCAAGAGACAUUUUAUCAUUUUUAACAUGUACAUUGUCUUAGAUUAUUUGAUUAGAGAGACCAUUCGGAAUGAAAUUGAAAACCGGCCGCAUACAUUUUUGUGUUUCAUCGACACCGUGGAGCUCAAGGGGGGAUAUGUGCCCGACUUAUAGCCAUUUUUUUGCAGACAAAGAGAGCUACUGAGUACUGGUUAUAAAAGACAAAAGGGGCUUGGUCACUAUCCAUGGAAAAAGUGGGCAAGAUGUGGAGCAACCUGAGGAACCGAUGCCAGACCCUCUUCCACAGCGACGGUGUGGGACCCAGUACAGAGAAGAGCGUGGUGGAAGAGGACGGUAUGCACUGUGUUGCGGACCUGGGACGGGGAGAAACUUCAGGCGAGGCCCAGGCAUCUCGGACCUCUAGCCUUUCCCGAAGCCUCUUGCCGCUUCCCGGGGUUACUGGAGGGCGACGUCACAACUGUGUGUCGGACAUCCCCCAGAUGGUAGAGAGAACCACAGACAGAAAAGACAAUGAGGAAGCGAGGGGGGCUCCUUGGGGAGUCCCUAUGGGCCGGAGAGACUCGUACUCGCGCCAUGCACCUUGGGGGGGCAAGAAAAAACACUCAUGUUCCACUAAGACCCAGAGCUCCAUGGAUACAGACAGGUGGUCGGGACGCGCGUGCGGUGCCGCUGGGCGAAGGGAGCGUCGCUAUGGGGUCAACUCCAUCCAGGAGAUAGAUGACUCUGGAGACGGGGGGCGUAGUCUGAGCACCCGCUCCCUGCGCCAGCGGCUUAGCGACACAGUGGGCCUGUGUCUCCCCCUUCCCCCCCGCCGCCGCUCCCUCUCCUCCUCCCCCCAAACCCCCACCAUCUCCAAGCGCAAGAUCCACCUGACAGAGCUGAUGCUGGAGACUUGUCCCUUCCCCCAGGGCUCGGACCUGGCCAACAAGUGGCACUUGAUCAAGCAGCACACAGCGCCUGUCAGCCCGCAUUCCUCCACGGCUCUGCUAGACGCCUUUGACCCGGCCCACCCCUCCCCCGAGGACGAGGAGGAGCGUCUGCGCGAACGCCGCAGGCUCAGCAUUGAGGAGGGAGUGGACCCCCCACCCAACGCCCAGAUCCACACCCUGGAGGCCUUGGCGCAGUGCUCCUCUCUUUACAAACUGGGACCAAAGAUGGCCCCUGGCAUUGCAGAGGCCUCUGGGGAGGGCACGAUGGCCAGCUGCUCAGGAGGGGUGGCUGGGUCGUCGGGCUCGUCGGUACAGGUGCUCGGAGGGGCUACAGCCCAGCUGGCUGACUGCGACUCGGAGGAGGACUCCACCACCCUUUGCCUGCAGGCCCUGAGGCCUAAGCUACGCCACACGUCCGGGGAUGGCCAUCUGAGCCGGAACCAGUCUGGGCCCUGGAAGGUGCACACCCAGAUCGACUACAUCCACUGCCUGGUGCCGGACCUGCUUCAGAUCACUGCCCUGCCCUGCUACUGGGGUGUGAUGGACCGUUACGAGGCAGAGGCUCUGCUGGAUGGCCGGCCUGAGGGCACCUUCCUGUUGCGCGACUCGGCCCAGGAGGACUACCUGUUCUCGGUCAGCUUCCGUCGCUACAACCGAUCGCUGCACGCCCGCAUCGAGCAGUGGAACCACAACUUCAGCUUCGACGCCCACGACCCCUGCGUGUUCCACUCGUCCACCGUCACGGGCCUACUGGAGCACUACAAGGACCCCAGUGCCUGCAUGUUCUUUGAGCCGCUGCUCACGGCACCUCUCCACCGGACCUUCCCCUCCGGCUUGCAGCACCUGGUCCGCGCCGCCAUCUGCCGCCGGACCACAUACGAUGGCAUCGGCGCCCUGCCGCUGCCCCCGGCCCUGCAGGACUUCCUCAAGGAGUAUCACUACAAACAGAAAGUGCGUGUGCGCUGGCUGGAGAGGGAGCCGCCACUUAAGGUCAAAUAGGGGAGCGGUAUCUGGCGGCCUGUGCGCCGCGGACGGAGUUGAAACAGAAAAAUCCCUGCCAAUCAGGAGAGGCCAUACUGAAUGAACAAAGCACUACUCAGACAGGCAAGGAGGGGUAACUGGAGAAACAAGGAGUUAGGUGAAGUGAGCUAUCCAAGAUUCAUUCUAAUCUCGUUAUUGUUUUAGUUAUCAUUUACAUCACUUGGGAUACAUAUGUAUCAUUAUAUUCAGUACAAUGCUGUCUGGCAAGCACACAUGGUUUUUAAUGUUGAACAGGUUCUGAAAGGGAGAGCACAAGCCUUCAUGCUUUGUGUCCCUCUCACCUCUUUCAUUCUGUCAAGUCUGCCUGAUCCCACAGCAUGAGCUGCCUGCAUGCCCCCCCCCCCAGUCUCUAUCUAGGCCCACAUGGUUAGCUAGCUAUGUUGUACAGUUCACUCGUGCUUUCUAUCUUUCCUUUUCCAUUUUCUUGAUCAAGUGACUAUACUGCCUGGCGGGCAUUGUUAGGCCUCAGGUGUAAUGUUAAUCAUCGCUCUCCUGGGGGGGGGGGUUGUUUUGUCCUACAGACAGGCACCCCGACAUCAUGCAUCAAUGAGUAGGCCUCUGUGUAACAAAAAAAAAAAAUUAGAAGGUGCUGUUUAGAGGUUCUGUCCUGUAGGUCUUCACCCCAAGGGCAACGCGGAACGUGGCUACGUCCAAGGGUGCUGCUGCUACAUCCUGCCUCCAUACACCUAUAGGGAGCAGGGCAUACACAGGAGUGGGUGUGGUUACAGCGACUCCUGGGCUUUUUGAUAUCCUCACUGUGAUUUCUCUAAGCAUGAAUCAUGGUCUCCCACCGCUACUGUGUUGCCACAGAAGUGCGGCUCUUAUAAUGGAACAAUACUAAUGAUAUUUGCCCUGGUUGUUUUCUCACGCCUGUCAGUGGCUCAAAUUGGCGACAGAGCAGGCACUUUAACUUGGUCUGGUUUGUUUCUGGUUGGUUUGUUUCUGGUCCUGCGUUCUGCCUUCAUGGUGUCACACUGUGCCAUCCUCAGGAUUAACUUGUUAUAAUUCAGGCCCAUUUUUAGGUCAACGAUUGAGCCCAAUGGUAGAGUGAAUGCCAAGAAUGUGUAAAUAUGUUAUCAAGGCAAAGGGUGGCUACUUUGAAGAAUCGCAAGUAUAAAAUGUAUUUAGAUUUGGUUACUACAUGUCGGCGACAGCCGUGCGGCCCAAGUAGGCCACGGUAUGGGGAUUUUGUCUUCAGUCUCAAAAACCUGUCUGGGACAGCUAAAUUGUGGCCAAAAUCGUGUAGUGUACACCCAGCUUGACCUAACUAAACUGACCAAGACGUUACUCAAACAACAUACUCUUACAUAAUUAUACCCAAAAACAAUGACAAUUUCUCUCACCCAGUGGCGUAUGGGCUAUUUAGGUAUGCGCUGAUGCCACCCAGUGAUAGGCAGUAGGCCUACCCAGUUUAUCAAAGGCAGGGGGCGCAAAAUAUUGUCCAUGCCCAGCGCGCUUCACCGGUGCAGUACUCCACCAAUGUUCAGUCCAAAAAUUAUCCAACGUAAAUCAUGUAGUCUACCGUAGAAAGUGGUGUUUGCUGUAGCCUCCAUGCUGGAGAUAAAAUGUAUGUCAAUGUCGUGAGACGGACACUUUACUUUAUGCAUGUUUUUCUGAUCAAAUAGCCAAACCUAAAUUGCGCACAAUUGCAUGAAAAACGCUCGUCGACGUAUGACAUGUUAACAAACAACAUUUACAAAAACGGGACGAGUCAAAGUCAAGUGGACAAUAUCUGGAAAGGAAAAUCAAGCUACUCACAGCUAUUGUUCAGGGAGUUUCACCCCUUAGGCUAAAUUGACAUGAUAAUCAGCGAUUUUCAAGUUUGUAUUCGUCCAUUUUUUUUUUCACGAGCUGCAUCAUAGCGGGAAAAUAAAGACUUCUGCAUUUCCAGCUGUGUGAACACAUGGAUUCUCCUUGUAAAUAGGCUGAGGAUAACUCCUGAUGAUUUUGGGGUAGCUUAUUCAGAGCUUAAAUAGCCCAAAUGAUUAGUCACAGGAAUCAGGACUAAUAAUGCCAAUGCAACUGCCUGUUUUACAAACGGUAGGCCAACCACAUGGAUGGACAUUCAUAGAAUUCCGUUGCUGGCCAACAUUUGUAAGGGAUUGCGGCAAUUUUUUUUGGUCUCAUCUAGGGCGGCAUAAUGGCCAGGAAAGGGCCUGCUUCGCAUUGUCACUGCAAGCCAUGUCCUAUAAUAACCCAGCAUUUUGUGAGAACUGGCAUCAGGAGGACAAAUACAACAAAGCGUAAUCCAUGUGCCUUUCAUUAGAGCCUCCUGUUUGAAUCCAUACUUUUUAGGGUCUUUUUUUAAUUUACUUUGAACUCUUGAGCCUGGCGCAUGGAAUACUCCAGCAGCACUUCCCAUUCAUGUAGCCCUUUAAAUGAGAGCGAGGAGGAAAACGAAUGAUGAAGAACAGGGGAUGACGCGUGAGCUCCGAGCUUGCUCUCUAAUGUUCAUUGGUGCACAUUUUGAUUUAAAAAAAUAUAUAUAUUUUUAAAUUGAACUUAAUCAAGAACAUUUUGUCAAUCCGUUAGAAUAAUUAGCCUACAGCUUACAUGUUUAUGGAAAUAUUAUCUGACAAUGUAUACUAAUUUAGCUCUUAACGAAUUAUCGUUGCGAUAUCAGUGAUCCUUUUUAUCCUGGUCAGAAAGGCAACUCUCAAAUCCCUUCUCUCUGAUUUGCAGGGAAGAUGUAUGUUUUAACUACCCAACACAAAUCAGGUGUGUGUGGAGGGUUAUCAGAGAGGAAGGACCGUGAAUGAUCAAAUGUGGAAUGAAUGCGUAGGAUUAGCUUAUUCAUGAGCAUCUUUGUCUGUGACCAAUGCGCUGUUAUUCAACGGUGAUGCACACAACCUGUAUUGUUGUCUAGGGCUCUUUUUAAAAUGACAAUACAGAAUUGUGUUUCAAAACUUAACAAACGUUUCAAUGGCAGCCAAUCAAAGCUUGGGAUGGAUACAGCAAUUCCAUGUUAACAGAAUUAAGAUGAGACUCGAUAUUUUUCACUAUUAAAAUCUAUACGAAACAAACUUUGAUUUCAAAGUUUAGUAAACCAUAUAACUCUCUCCACAAGGACUACUUUUAACAAUUUCCACAGAAAAUGUUUUGUAGGAAGAACUGUGCAGAUGCAAAGUUUGGUAACAGAAUAAAAACUGAGGGAGAUUAUACCAUAACUGUGUUACCUAACUUUAUCUGCAGUUUUUCCAGUAAAUAUAUAUAUCGUUUUUUUUCUUGUUUUCAAUUAUUCAAAGUAGUCAUUGUGCAUAGAGUUGUAUGGUUUGUUAAAUCAAUGGUUUUUGUUUGGCAUACAUUUUAAAAUGAGUCUCAGCAUAAUUCAGUUACCGUGGAAUUGCCCAAUUGCUGAAGUCGACAGGACAUGCGCUGUUACCAGGUAGAAACAGAGACGAGCCCCCAACGCCUCACACCUCAGUCUUGGAACUGCUUUUAAUGACUAACUCAUUGUUCUAUAAUAACAGUGUACUAAUGAAAGGUAAUGUGUUGUGUGUGUUAUGGUUUGGAGGCAGAAGUGCAGGAAAGUGUUUAAUUGUUAAGGGUUGAUUAGUAUAAUGAUCAAAUCAACAAUGUUUUUUUUAUAUACAGUGGGGCAAAAAAGUAUUUAGUCAGCCACCAAUUGUGCAAGUUCUCCCACUUAAAAAGAUGAGAGGCCUGUAAUUUUCAUCACGGGUACACUUCAACUAUGACAGACAAAACGAGAAAAAAAAAUCCAGAAAAUCACAUUGUAGGGUUAUUAAUUAAUUUAUUUGCAAAUUAUGGUGGAAAAUAAGUAUUUGGUCAAUAACAAAAGUUUAUCGCAGUACUUUGUUAUAUACCCUUUGUUGGCAAUGACAGAGGUCAAACGUUUUCUGUAAGUCUUCACAAGGUUUUCACACACUGUUGCUGGUAUUUUGGCCCAUUCCUCCAUGCAGAUCUCCUCUAGAGCAGUGAUGUUUUGGGGCUGUUGCUGGGCAACACUGACUUUCAACUCCCUCCAAAGAUUUUCUAUGGGGUUGAGAUCUGGAGACUGGCUUGGCCACUCCAGGACCUUGAAAUGCUUCUUACGAAGCCACUCCUUUGUUGCCCGGGCGGUGUGUUUGGGAUCAUUGCCAUGCUGAAAGACCCAGCCACGUUUCAUCUUCAAUGCCCUUGCUGAUGGAAGGAGGUUUUCACUCAAUCUCACGAUACAUGGCCCCAUUCAUUCUUUCCUUUAUACGGAUCAGUCGUCCUGGUCCCUUUGCAGAAAAACAGCCCCAAAGCAUGAUGUUUCCACCCCCAUGCUUCACAGUAGGUAUGGUGUUCUUUGGAUGCAACUCAGCAUUCUUUGUCCUCCAAACAUGACGAGUUGCGUUUUUACCAAAAAGUUAUAUUUUGGUUUCAUCUGACCAUAUGACAUCCUCCCAAUCUUCUUCUGGAUCAUCCAAAUGCUCUCUUGACGGGCCUGGACAUGUACUGGCUUAAGCAGGGGGACACGUCUGGCACUGCAGGAUUUGAGUCCCUGGCAGCGUAGUGUGUUACUGAUGGUAGGCUUUGUUACUUUGGUCCCAGCUCUCUGCAGGUCAUUCACUAGGUCCCCCCGUGUGGUUCUUGGAUUUUUGCUCACCGUUCUUGUGAUCAUUUUGACCCCACGGGGUGAGAUCUUGCGUGGAGCCCCAGAUCGAGGGAGAUUAUCAGUGUGUCUUCCAUUUCCUAAUAAUUGCUCCCACAGUUGAUUUCUUCAAACCAAGCUGCUUACCUAUUGCAGAUUCAGUCUUCCCAGCCUGGUGCAGGUCUACAAUUUUGAUUUUGGUGUCCUUUGACAGCUCUUUGGUCUUGGCCAUAGUGGAGUUUGGAGUGUGACUGUUUGAGGUUGUGGACAGGUGUCUUUUAUACUGAUAACAAGUUCAAACAGGUGCCAUUAAUACAGGUAACGAGUGGAGGACGGAGGAGCCUCUUAAGGUCUGUGAGAGCCAGAAAUCUUGCUAGUUUGUAGGUGACUAAAUACUUAAUUUUCCACCAUAAUUUGCAAACAAAUUCAUUAAAAAUCCUACAACGAGAUUUUCUGGAUUUUUUUUCUUCUCAUUUUGUCUGUCAUAGUUGAAGUGUACCUAUGAUGAAAAUUACAGGCCUCUCAACUUUUUAAGUGGGAGAACUUGCACAGUUGGUGGCUGACUAAAUACUUUA